AUGAUAAUCAUGGGAUCGGAAGUGCCUCCUGCUUCGAUGCCUUAUGUGGACCCAAAGAACAUUGCAAUACGGUUGGCGAAGGGAUACCUGGACUUUGCCAUCAUCGAGACAUCUCCUAAAACUGGCAGCGAUUUCAAUAUCGCUAGUUAUCCGUUUUUGGUAACCAAAUACUGCAUGAUGAUGCCGUUACCAGAGAAGAUACCCCACAAUAUUAUUUACGUGAUUAUAUUGGAUCGUCUAGUGGUUGGAAUUAUAUUUGUUAUGUUCGUCCUUCUAUCGAUUUUGAUCAUCUAUAGUCGGACUAAGUCGUGGCAAGAUCUUAGUCUGGCCAACAUCCUGGUGAACGACGCAAACCUGCGGGGGCUCUUGGGUCAAUCGUUUCCAUUCCCCGCCAAUUCCAACAGACACAUGAAACUAAUUUUCUUUAUCCUGUGCUUUGCCAGCAUCAUAAUCACCACAAUGUAUACCGCCUACCUUAAUGCCCUGUUUACCCAUCCGCCAUACAGACCACUGAUUCAGACCUUUGAAGACCUAAAAAAGUCUAAUCAAAAGAUAGCAAUUACAAUGGAUGAUAUCAGGUUCCUAACCGCUAGGGAAAAUGUCAUUUUUCUCAAAAUAAGCAAGGAUAACUUACAGAUCCUUGAGAGUUUGGAGGAGUUCAUACGUAUCCGGGACACAUUUAACACCAGUUAUGGCUAUUUGGUAUCGGAGAACCGAUGGAGCAUUUACGAGGAACAACAAAAGACAUUUAAGGAGCCCUUAUUCUACUUUGCAACGGAUCUCUGUUUCUACAGAACGAUAUUUACAUCCAUUCCCAUGAGACGCGACCUGCCCUAUCGCCAUAUCUUUGAAAACCACAUUCUGAGUCAGCACGAGUUUGGAUUGGUUGAUUAUUGGAUAAAGAGAAGCUAUUCUGAAAUGGUAAAAUUGGACUUAGUUCCCCACAAGGAUCUGAGCCCAUCCAGAGAUGUGAAUGCCAGUAUAGAGCUCAACGAUAUUUCCGAUGAACAGGAUGCGGAAGGAAACCUUAUACCCCUGCUUUUAAGAUUGAAAAAUGAAGAAUUCUUCGAUAAUGUGCUUAUCUAUGGCGAUGAUUGCAUCUUUCACACUCUUUCCAAGUAUAUGGAGUUCACUGCUGUUUUGGUGUCUUCAGGUAGCACCAAUUUUGAUUGGAACUUUAGUAGCCAAUCACUGAUUCUUAUUUGCGGAUCUGAAGACGACAAGGAGCAAAACUAUCGCACUCUCAUGAAGCUACAAAGGAGCAGACGCUUGGUCUUUAUUAAAAAUAACUCCCAAAUGGAGGAUGUAUGCAACAACUAUUCAAUAAAGGAGCAGUACAAUAUAGCCAUAUUGAGGGACGACUUUGAUCCACUAAAAACCAUAUAUUCUUGUCGAUACUUUCCCAAUUCCAGUGUCGAGGAAAUAAGCCUAUCAGCAGGUAAGCCGAUUUAUAUUGAACAACUUCGAAAUAUGCACAGGAAAAGCAUCAAAGCCAUGACAGAUGGCUUGGCCCCAAGAUCAUUGAUUUAUUAUGACGAGAAGAGUAAGAAACUAAGAGUUAUGGGUUAUGUUGCCAUGCAGGUUAUCAAUUUUGCAAAAAGGGUAAAUGCUACUUUGAAAAUGGCUACCCUGGGUAAUCAUACCGAUAUAUUGAUCAUCAAGAAGUUGGUACUCGAAGGACAACUGGAUUUCGGCAUACUUCCAGAGACUUCUCUGUUCAUCAAACAUUUUGAUGGAACAAGUUACCCCUGGGCCUUAUCUUCGUACUGCCUAAUGAUGCCGGUUCCAGAAAAGAUACCCUACAAUAUGGUUUAUGUGAUGAUAGUGGAUCGCAUGGUAAUUGGAAUCAUAGUUGUUUUAUUUGGCCUGCUCACCAUGUUGGUGAUCUUUAGCAGAAGUUUUUAUAGGCACGAUCUCAGCCUAGCCAACGUCCUGCUCAAUGAUAAGAGUUUCCGCGGUCUCUUGGGCCAAACUUUUCCAUUUCCUGACAAUGCUGGCAAGAAAAUGAGGCUUGUUUUCGUGAUUCUGUGCUUUGCGGGUAUAAUGUUCACCACAAUGUAUAACGCCUAUCUGAACUCUUACUUUACAAGUCCUCCAUAUGGACCUCAUGUUACGUCCUUUGGAGAGUUGGAGAAAUUCAACCAGAAGGUAGCAUUCAGCGCCGUGGAAAUGAAACUGUUGGCCACUUUGAACAGUUCCCGCUACAAAAAAAUACACGACACUGACAAAAUAAUAUUCCCAGAUUGGAAACAGUUUUUGAGUUUGCGCGAUAACUUCAACACCAGCUAUGGCUAUCCAGUCACCGAAGAUCGCUGGGGCUUGUACGAGGAGCAGCAGAAGCUCUUCAAGGUGCCCAGUUUCUACUACGCCAAGGACCUUUGCUUCACCCAUAUGCUGUUUAUGUCCAUUCCCCUGAGACCCCUCAUGCCCUAUCGCCAUCUCUUUGAGGAGCACAUGCUUAGCCAGCAGGAGUUUGGUCUGGUGUCCUACUGGAGGAGUCGCAGCUUUCUUGAUAUGGUAACUUUAAAGCUAGCCCCCUUGAAGGACCUGAGCCAGCCCAAGCCCUUUUCACCAAGCCUCCUGAUGGAUGACAUUUCAUGGGUGAUGAAAGCAUACUUGGGAGGUAUGUUGCUUAGCUUUUUGAUAUUUUUACUAGAGCUUGGAGGCAACAAAGUUAGUUGGACGCGCUUGCGUGUAUUGGGAAAAUAA